AUGUCGCACCCACGCAUAGAAGAGGUCGAGGACAGCGACCUCGAGGCAUCAGACCCCUCCGAAGGCGACAUUGACGACUUCGCCGACCACGACAUUAUGCGGCGCGUCGAGCCCAAAUCCUCUGCAUCCUCAUCAGCAGCAGCAGCAGCAGCCGCCGCCGCCCGCGCAACUCAAAUCAACCCCUCCAACAUCCCCGCCGCUGCCGCCCCUCGCCCCGGCGCCCCUGGCUCCGAAUUCCAAACGACCGUCGACCAGAAACAAUACGCAGACUUCCAGUGUCUCUACCCAGUCUACUUUGACGCCCGCCGCACCCGCGCCGAAGGCCGCCGCGUGCCAAAGUCCCUGGCCGUAGAGAACCCCAUUGCCCGCGAAAUCGUCAACGCGUGCGCCUCCCUCCGCCUCCCCACGCUCUUUGAGCCCGCCAAAUUCCACCCAAAAGACUGGUCGAACCCGGGCCGCGUCAAGAUUCGCACGCGCUUCGGCGGCCAGCAAGGCCAAAACGGCGGCAAAGCGAGCGCGUCCGCGCGGCCGGCGGGGUCCCCCGAGAUCAAGAACAAGCACCACCUCUACAUCCUCGUCGCCGAGCACCUGCGCAGGAACCCGACGACGGAGGACAGCCCCGCGCUCAAGGCGCGCGUGCAGGGCGCGCCGGCGCACGACCCGAGCAAGCCCUGGCCUAGGCCCGCUGUUCCGCGGGGCUGGAAGAUGGGCGAGCUGCUGCCGUACAUCAGCCCCGCCAUGACGGGCGGCGGCGUGAGCGAGAACCUGUUCAAGGAUAUGAUGAAGGAGAUGCAGGGGGGUGGGGAUCCGAUGGCGGCGCUGAUGCAGCAGGCUCAGGGCGGUGCUUUGGGCGGCGGCGGCGGUGGCGGCGGUGAGGAGAAGGCGGGUAAGAAGAAGAAGGGCAAGGGCAAGGCUUGA